AUGGCGUGGCAGCCGGCGGAGGAUGGAUUGAGACAGCUGUCUGAAUACCUCAAAAACUCGUUGAGUGGACAUGACAGGAACAAACAGAAAGAGGCUGAGCAGAUGCUCACGAAUGCCCGGAACAACAACGACUAUGUCAACUAUCUGACCUAUAUCUUCAGCAACCCGCAAUUCGGACAGCAGUUGAGCUUGAACCCACCCAGUUUGUUCCUCAUCCGCUAUGCCGCCGCCAUCAAUCUCAAGAACCAUUUGAAAUUCUUCUACCACAGCAUUCCCAAGGAUCAAUUGGCGUAUAUCAAGUCCGCCACUCUCAGCGUUCUGCGCGACCCCAACCCUCAGCUGCGAAGUUUUUCCGGCACGGUGAUCACGGAGACGGUACAACAGGGAGGGUUGCUGCAAUGGCCUGAGAUUCUACAAGAGCUAUUAUCGCUGGUCAGCAAUUCCCCUGGGAAUGUCCCGCCCGAAACCCAGGAGGGCGCCAUGGCUGCACUGGCCAAAGUCUGUGAGGAUAACAGAAAACUGCUGGACAAGGAAUACCAGGGUCAGAGACCAAUGUCAGUGAUGGUUCCCAAGCUGCUGGAAUUUGCAAGCCAUCAGAACCCCAAAAUCAGGGUGUUAGCGUUGAGCACCUUGAAAUCCUUCAUCCCGCAGAAGUCCCAAGUACUGUUCUCGGCUCUGGAUGUCUAUCUGCAAACAAUCUUCCAGCUCGCCACCGAUCCGGACGUGCAAGUGAGAAGGAUUGUUUGCCAGUCACUCGUUCAGCUGGUCGACUCACGGCCUGAUAUGCUUGCCCCCCACAUCGAUGGUCUGGUAAACUACAUCCUGGCACAACAGCAGACACCAGGGAGUCCCGACCUGGCCCUGGAUGCUGCAGAAUUUUGGUUGAGCGUGGGUGAACAAGAGCAGCUCCGCGACCAAAUGGGCCCAUACCUGGAGCGAAUCAUCCCUGUGCUUUUAGCAGGCAUGGUAUAUGGAGAGGAUGAAGUAUCUAGGCUCGGCGGGGACGAAAAUAAUGCCGAUGUCGAAGACCGCGUAGAGGACAUCAAGCCACAGUUUGCCCAAUCCAAAGCCGGGCGAGGUGUCACCUCAGAAAAGGAGGAAGCCCCAGGCACGCCGCAAGCAAACGGGACUUCGUCCAAGGAUGCAGAUCUCAGUGAAGGAGAGGUUGAAGACGAGGACGAAGACGACGAGGAGUGGGAUGACGAGGAUCCGGAAAAUGCCUGGAGUCUACGUAAGUGCUCGGCGGCGGCAUUGGACGUCUUUGCGGUGAACUAUCAUUCCGCCGUCUUCAACAUCAUCCUCCCCUAUCUCAAGGAGAAUUUGUCCCAUAACCUGUGGCCGAAGAGAGAAGCAGCCGUGCUCGCCUUGGGAGCCAUUGCCGAAGGGUGCAUGGAAGUCGUCUCACCGCAUUUGCCGGAACUGGUUCCGUUCCUGAUUUCUCUUCUCAACGAUGAAGAGCCAGUUGUCAGACAGAUCACCUGCUGGUGUCUGUCCCGAUAUUCGGAAUGGGCGUCGAGGCUGGAGUCUCCGGCCGACAAACAACGGUAUUUCGAGCCGAUGAUGGAGGGCCUCCUAAAACGAAUGCUUGACCAGAACAAAAAGGUGCAGGAGGCCGGGGCUAGUUCCUUUGCGAGCCUCGAGGAGAAGUCCGGGGACAAGCUCAAACCCUACGUCGAGCCGAUUCUUCGCCAGUUCACAGAAUGCUUCCGAAGGUACAAGGACAAAAACAUGUACAUUCUCUACGACUGCCUGCAGACUCUUGCCGACAAUGUGGGAUCCGAAAUGGCCAAACCGGAAUUGGUCAACCUUUUGAUGCCGGUUUUGAUCGAACGCUGGAAUAAGAUUCAAGACGACUCGAGGGAAAUGUUCCCUCUUCUUGGCUGCCUGGGCUAUAUCGCCAUGGCCUACGGGGACAACUUUGCACAAUUCGCCCCUCCCAUCUUCGACCGGUGCAUCAAAGUCAUCUAUUCCAACCUCCAGCAUCACAUGGCCUUCAUGUCCGGGGCGACAGUGGACCAGCCGGACAAAGACUUCAUCGUGACGGCGUUGGAUCUCUUGUCCGCCAUCAUCCAAGCAAUCUCGGCUGAAAAAUCCGCACCGUUGGUCCAGAACUCCCAGCCUCAAUUCUUCGACCUGCUCUCCUUUUGCAUGGAAGACCCGACCACGGACGUUCGACAGUCAGCCUACGCCGUGCUUGGUGACUGCGCGAUCGCUCUCUCCAGCUCCUUGGAUCCAUACCUGCCCAAACUUCUUUCCAUUGCUAUCCGCCAGCUGGACCUGGACGCCAUGCCAGAUGACGAUUCGGAGAACGGGUUCAACGUGCUCGCCAACGUAUGCUGGUCGAUCGGCGAGAUCGCCGCUCGCGCCCCGACAUCGCGGAUCUCGCCGUUCAUCGAGCCGCUGUAUCAAGGGUUGAUCGCGAUCAUCAAGAAUGAAGAAGUUCCCGACCCGGCCUGCGAGAAUGCCGCGACCGCUCUUGGCCGAUUAGGGAUCCCUUGCCCGAUCCACCUUGCUGCGUUUCUGAAAGACUACGCGGAACCGUUCUUACAAUCCAUGUCGAAGAUUUCCACAUCGCACGAAAAGGCGUCAGCUUUUCUGGGCUUCAACAAUGUCAUUGAACGUAACCCGCAGGCCAUGGAGAGCAGCCUGGCCCUAUAUUUUGCUGCGAUCGCGCAAUUCCCUCAAAAGGGCAAGCAGGGCGCGGAAUAUAGUGAAGUCCGAGCCAGCUUCGCCCGAGUCAUCCAGGGAUACAUCGGCUUGAUCGGGGCCGAAGGAUUCAACGCCUUCUUAUCCGGGUUGAGUCCGCCGGUCAGAGCGAAGUUGAGAGAUGGAUACGGUGUGGGGAUGGGUUGA